UUGAAAAAAGUAGCGCGGAUUAGUGUCGCGCGACAAACGGAGCAGCAGCAGCAGGAGCAGCGGUGGAGGAGGCGGCUGUUUUCACGAAGUUUCUACAGUUCCUGUAGCGACUCUUGACUUUUGUGAGGAGUAACUUACUGAAGUGUAAACUCGAACAGCUCAGAAGGCUGAAAGGCGCUGUUGUUAGUCGUGUGGACCGUUUCUCGGUCAGAAACAGGCCUGAGGACGGCAUGGUGAGAGAAACAGCCGAACUGCAGCUUUUCUCCUGAGACGGUGUGAGCUCUCCUCUACCGCGAUGAAAGGUGGGCAAGACGAGUUUGCCGAGGAGGAAGACAUCCAGUCGUUUGGAUAUAAGAGGUUUGGUAUUCAAGAAGGAGCUCAGUGUACCAAAUGUAAGAGUGAGUGGGGUCUGAAGGCUGCUAUUUGCUUGCUGUAUGUUCUCUGUAUCCUGCUUACCAUCGCUGUAGCCAUACUGGGUUACAAAGUGGUCCAGAGAGUGGAUAAUGCCACUGAAGGAAUGCAGAAAUAUGGGGGGAAAAUCAUUGCCAUGGAGUUGGAUGUAAAAAAGCUAGAUGAUGAGUCUGGUGUAAAGUUGAAGAACACUUCCAGUGAGCUGCAGACGUUUCGCUCUGGACUCUCAGCUUUGCGCCAGAAACUAGCCGCAGUCUCCAACCGUGUCAGCAGUAAUGCUGUAGCUUUGCAAAAGCUCCAGUCUUCAUCAAAGGAUACACGCUCAUUGCAGGAUUAUCUGCGGUCACAGCUGGACACCCACUCCAGCACUCUGCGCUAUGCUAAUGCUACACUUAUCUCGGCCUCUGCUAGCAUGCCUGCACUGCAGCAGGACACUGCGCUGCUUCAGCAAAACCUGCAGGCGCACAUCAGUGCUCAGCGCUCACUGCAGUUUGCUGCUGAUGGCCUCAACCUCACCCAAAGGCGGCAGGACACAGUUGCAGCAGCACUGCAGCGUACAGUGGAAGCAGCAGCUGAGGCCAUGCAAGGCAUGCGUAGCGACACCUUAGCCCUACAGCGGGAUACACAGCUGGUCAGCAGUAACGAGGACUGGCUGAGGGAGAAAAUCCACAACCUUGAAGGGGCUGAACAUAACACUUCUGCACAAGCUAUGUCCACAACGGAGACCCUGGAGGAGCUGAGCUCUCAGCUAACUAGCAUCUCCAGUCAGAUGCUUAACAUGAGUGCACUGAGUGAUAUUAAUUCAGAAAACCUUCGGGAGUUGUUGGACCUGCAACGAGAAUAUGGCAGCCGUACAAGUACCCGCUUCGAUCAGAUGGAGGAACGGCUAGAUGCGACAGAGGAAAGGGUAGACAUGGUGACGGGGAAUGUGAGCUACGCCACGCGAAUGCUAGGAGGAGUUAAUGGAGAGCUUGGUGCUCUACGGAGCUGUUCAGACACAGUGGGACGACAUUCAGAUAUUCUGCUUUAUCUAAACAGGAGUCUGGUUGAAGCACGGGCAGAUGGGAACACUCUAAGGUCACAGCAGGAUGACCUCUCAGCUAGGCUGGACAAGGAGGUCAGCAGUCUGUCCAUUAUCAUGGAAGAAAUGAAGCUUGUGGACAGCAAGCACUCACAACUCAUCACCAAUUUUACAAUACUGCAGGGCCCUCCUGGUCCAAGAGGCCCCCGUGGUGAAAAAGGCCCAAUUGGUGCAGUUGGUCCUCCUGGCCAGAAGGGGGAGCGAGGCAAUAAAGGAGAGGCAGGGGUUGCUGGCUCUCAGGGAGAAAAAGGAAGCCCUGGCCCUCAUGGACUUCCAGGGCUCACAGGCAGCCAAGGGUCACGUGGAGGCCCUGGACCAAAGGGCCCACGGGGGUCAGGAGGCCGUGCAGGAUCCCAAGGUCCCAAAGGAGAGCCAGGCACUCCCGGACUGCCAGGUAGAGAUGGACCUCCGGGGCCUCAGGGUGCUCAGGGGCCGACAGGCAUUCGUGGGCCGAUUGGCCCUGCAGGAGACCCAGGACCCGCAGGGCCAACAGGGCCUAUGGGACCUCCAGGACCUCCAGGGUUACCAGGUCCACCAGGCAGAGCAAUAGUAGUGCCGACUGUACCUGUUACACUGCAAGGAGAGGCACCAGCUGUUCCUGUAGGACCUUUUACAGGUCCAUUUGGCUGCCCUGCUGACUGGAUAAGGUUCAGGAACAGCUGCUACUACUUCUCCACCAAGCAGCUCAGUUUUGAUGAUGCUCAGACAAAAUGCCUUACUAUGUCUUCCUCCAUGGUCAUCAUCAAUGAUAGAGAAGAACAGGGCUGGCUACACCUUCAGACAGUGGGUAAAGGCUUUUUCUGGUUAGGUUUGACGGACAGACAGGAAGAGAAUGUUUGGCGCUGGGUGGAUGGCUCACCGACGACAUUCACGAAGUGGAGGCCUGGACAGCCUGAUAACUGGAGCCAUGGGCAUGAAGAUGGAGAAGACUGUGCAGGUCUAGUUCAUGGUGGCCUGUGGAACGACUUCUACUGUGAUGACCAAAUCAGCUCCAUCUGCGAGAGAGCAGUGGACAGUUGAAAUCUGUCACAUGCAUCCAGUGCAAACAUAAGGUAGGCCUGUGUCCCAGUGAAGAGAUGGAUGUGGUCAAAAGGCCUCAGAGCUUGUGUCAGAGAUGGAUGACUGACAGGAGUAUUAGCUAGGAGUGUGCACCUAGUGCAGGUACAGUAAGAAAGAGGAGACAUGCUCGUUUUCUGCAGGAGAAGAAGAUGCUGCAGCCUUUGGGUUGAAGAGAUUUUGCCCAUAUCCACUGUUACCUGCUAUUACAUCACUGUGUCCAACAUGCAGUGGUGCAGACCAGUCAGGAGGAGCCACAAAUGUUUAGCCAUCAUAUUAAGUGUGUAUUUUUAUAUCGGUGUGUAUAAUGACCAAAGGCAGUGAAAUUUGUCCAUUUUAAGCUGUUCAUAGAGAAACACUAUUCAGCAAAAUGAAGCUAUGCUGUGGUAAACUGAGCUAUUUCAUAAACUAAACAUGCUAAUAACCUGGAACUGGCCUUAGAACUGUGCAACAAAAUCAUAAGAAAAAAAAAACGUAUAAUGUACACAAACAGGAAAAAGGCUGGUGUAAAAAAAGCACAUGAAUGUGUAUUUCAGUAUUUCGGUACUCAAGGGAUUUGAUAGUAUUAUAUGUAUAUGAUUUUAGAUAUUGUUUUAUUGUAAAUUUUUAAUCAGAACCAGUUUUUUCUUUCUAUAGGCCCUUUCUUGCCAUUGUCUCAGACACAUUCACAUGCUCCUUUUUAUUCAAGUAACACAACAUAUGUUGGAAUAAACAUUGAUUUUGUGUCUAUCA